CCUAGCUAAUUCUGUCUCUCUCCAAAAAUUGAGUCUUUCUUUUCAGAAUUUUAAUGAGUUCAUUAUCAUCAUCAUCUAUAUGUCUCAAAUCCAUGAGGUUUAUUUUGGUCAAGAGUCGAGAGCUUCUUCUUCUUCUUCUUCUUCUUCUUCUUCUUCAGUAAUGGAGAUGACCAACUCUACAGAUUAUCAUGAUCAAACGGUGAUCGCUACCUCCACCACUUCAACAAAGACUGCCAAGAAGAAUUAUGAAGCUCAAUCCAUAUGGUAUAUUUUGUGGAAUAAGUUUUGGAGAAGGGUUCGCUGUUGGAAAUGUAAUGAGAUUCUAGUGAUUUCGGAGUAUGACCACCAAAUUCUCUACCUUUGUAAUUUGGGAGAAUUGAUCCAAAAGCAACAUAGUGGAACUGCUACUAAUGAAUUGAAACAAAUUAAACUCACCAAUCAAAAUGGUCGUCCAACAUCCAUCUGUUUGAAGUUUGUGAGGAAUUUGUGUGGUGCGCUUGUUGGUUUACACAAAUCGGGAAAAAUUCAUGGGAAUUUGAAUCCUGGAAAUGUGUUAAUAAAAAAAGAAAUCAAAGGUUUUCGUGCAGAACUUGCCAACAAUAGUUUCAUUUCAUCGAGUUCAUAUCAUUCUACUGAUUGUGGCAAAUUUGGUUGGGAAGGAGCAGAAGGUAGGGUUAAGAAAGCAGAGAGUGACAUAUUUGGUUUAGGUUGUGUGAUUUUUUUUCUCAUCACAAAUGGUAGGCAUCCAUUUGGUGAUGACCCUUCUCUUCGUGAACACAACAUUAAACAAAACAACAUUGUCAACCUCUCUCUUUUGAAGGAUUUUCCUGAAGCUUUUCAUCUUCUUUCUCAUAUGUUAAGCCCCUUACUUAACUACAGGCCAUCCGCAAUGAAGGUGUUAAAGCAACCAUUAAUGUGGAAAUCAAGGAAGAAGCAAGCAUUUUUAUGUGACACCAGUGACCUAGGAAAAAACAACUCUCUUCUUUCAGAUUCACUAGAAGCAAGUAUAAUCGAAGGGGUUUCAAACACGUGUUGGAACCAAAAUAUUCAUGAGGAUAUAAUCACUCACAUGCGUAAUUAUCAUCGAUAUGAUUUUGCGAGUGUUCGAUCCUUAUUGCGAUUUAUACGAAAUAUGUCCAUUCAUUAUAAACAACUUUCCCCACAUAUUAUGAACCUGAUUGGAGUGAAGGACCGUGAUGACUUGUUUGAUGGGUACUUUGCAAGACUAUUUCCAAAUCUUUUCAUGAUGGUUUAUAAGCUUGUAGAGGUUAACUGUAGCGAAGAGAGAGGCUUCAAAGAGUAUUUUUGAAGGUACGCUGCUUGGAUCUUAGGCUCUCUUCCUAAAGGUAAUUAAGGCAGAAAGUGAAAUUUGAGAGUAGCAAAUCUUUAUUUUAAUCUCCCUCCCACCCUUAAGAAAAAAAAAACCCCAAAAAAAACAAGUAAAAAACCCAAAAAAAAAGAGGAAGACCAAGAAAGAAAAGUCUGCCUGAACACUCUAUGAGAAUGGAAUUUCUGAAUAUUCAGGUUGUUCUAUAUAUAUGGGAUGUUAUAUGUUUAUAUAGUUUAUUUACUUUCACAUUUUAGUUUGAAUUUCAUUCCUAGAUGCUCUAAUGGUCUAGUUGAUUAUGUUUUCUAUCUAGGGAGCUGUCCCCCUUUGUGGCUGCUUUGUUUUAGUUUAAUGAAUUCAAUGCUCUUUUAGUUAGGAAAAAAUAUA